AUGGGGGAAACAUUUCCAUUGCAAAAGGGUGUCAAACAGGAUGACCCGAUUUCACGAAUUCUCUUCAAUGCAGUUCUGGAGAAAAAUUUCAUAAAUAUGUCUUGGUCAAAUAAAGGAUUAAGAAUAAAUGGAAGAUACCUAAACAAUCUGAGGUUUGCAGAUGAUGUCAUUAUCGUUGCUGAGACCACGGAGGUCUUAGAACAUAUGCUCAGGGAAUUUGAAAAUAAGUGUAGAGAAACAGGCUUGGAAAUGAAUAGGCAAAAAUGCAAGAUCAUGACUAAUGGGGAGCACAAACGUGUUAGACUUGGAGGAACCCUACUGGAUUAUGUAGAAGACUUUACAUGUCUCGGAUAA